AUGGCCACCUCAACCAACACCGGCGAGCAAGCCGCGUCUACAUCUCCCAAGCUCGAGAUCGCUAUCGCCGGAGGAGGAAUUGCCGGGCUUAUUACCGCAAUUGCCCUCCUCAAGCAUCCUCAAGUCAGCGUCCAGAUCUACGAGCGCGCCCCAGAGUUCAAGGAGAUUGGCGCCAGCAUUGCCCUGGGUCCUAACGGCCUGAGGACUCUGGAGAAGCUCGGGGUUGAGAAUGCCCUCGCCGAGGGUGUGUCUCAGCGGCAAAAGUCAGACUACCCCAUGAUCUACCGACACUGGAAGACUGAGGAAGUCAUCGACCGUGAUGUGCACAAGACGGUCACCACCAAGAAGCAUUUUACCGCGCGUUUCCACCGAGCCCAUCUUCACCAAGCUCUGCUCGAGAAUCUCCCACAAGAGAUCAUUCACUUGAAUAAGACGACAGUCGACGUCAAGGCUGAUCCCGAUACUGGUGCCACGCUCUACUUUGAGGAUGGCUCAACUGCCAAGGCAGAUAUUGUCAUUGGAGCGGAUGGCAUUCGUUCGGCUGUACGUAAGUCGUUUGUUCCAAACCAUGAGCUGCACUGGAGUGGCUGGGUUGCGCUCCGCGCAAGCUUUGAAGCCUCUCGUUUGGGAGACCUCGAUUUCCCUCAGGAUGCAACGCAUUGGAUUGGCCACGGCAACACCUUCUUCCACUCGCACCUGGGAUUCCACGCAGAUCCCUCCGAUCCGAAUGCUCCAGGAAAGGACGCAAAAUGGGAUGAGCUCGGAAGCCUUGAGCAGUUUAAGGACAUAUACAAGGACUGGAACCCAACUAUCCGCGCCUUUAUCGAUGCAGCUCCAUAUGUCAGACUGUUCCCAAACUAUGCAGGCGCUGCCCUUGAUACGUGGUCAUUUGCCAACCGAGUGACGCUUGUCGGCGAUGCUGCGCAUACCCAUGGAGGUGCCUUUGCAGCUGGAGGCUCCCUAGCCAUCGACGAUGCCUACGCCCUUUCCAGCGCUCUCAGCCACGUCUGGCCAGCAUCUUCUACUCACGCCGAAAAGCCCACCAAGGCAGAGAUUGCCGAGAUCUUCAGGAUAUACGAGGCCACCCGCCAGCCCCACGUCAAUAGGCUUUUGGGUGUCGUCCACAAGAACCUAGCUGGGCAAAAGGCCAACAUCGAGCGGGCCAAGACCGAGACGGAUGAGCAGCUUCGACAGCGGGUAUCUCAGAGGAUGGAUCCUUCGUGGAUCAGCGAGCAUGAUGUUGAAAAGGCAUUUAAGCAGGUGGUUGAGAAGGAGGAACCACGGGCAAGAUUGUGA